AUGGCUUCAGGGAGUCACAGGGACGUUUAUAUUCUGGAGGAUGACAGUGAUGAUUCAGAUAGGCUAUUCCGUGUCAAGACUGAACAAUCGAAUCAGAAGCGGAAAUUAAAUGCCAACCCAGAGGAUGACUCCAACAUGACAACUCUGCCUUGGAUAAUUCCUCUGGAGUACAACUCCCUUGAGAAUAUAUCACAUGAAACGUUGAAGGCAACAGAAGGAACAACUGCACAAAAAAAGAUUAAUGCACUCUAUGAUCGUCAAGGUGGCUUUAAGGAACUUGACGCUUUCUCCACAGUUCCCAGAGAUCGAAGACAGGUGUAUAAUCACACAAGUGCCAAGACAUCAAGAAUUUCAAAUUUUGAAAAACUUCUAGAGAUGAGCAUGACAGGGGAAUUUGUCCAGGGCUUUGAGGUCAAGAAGUGUCUACAAAAGGGCCCUUUACCAAGGUGCAUCUUGUAUGAACCAAGACAAAUGGAAGAUGUGAAGAAGUUUUGCUGUAAUGAGUCAAGGAUUCUGCAGUUUGAUUGCACCUUUGAUUUAGGACCGAUGUACAUGACAAUGGGUUGUUACAGGCACCCAGGUUUCUGCAAUAAGUCCAACGGGAAAUCUGUGUUGAUGCCCGGGCCCAUUAUGCUGCAUUCUACAAGAGAUAUGGAUACUUACUUAUACUUUGGGAAGCAAAUAUCUCUAGCAUUGAGAAACCAACAGGUAGCAUUCAUCGGUACUGAUGGGGAGACUGCACUCUACAAAGGCAUAAUGAACUCCCAAAGCUUUGGUGAAUCAAAACACUUGCUCUGCAUGCUGCACCACAAUAGGAACAUUGAAUCUAAACUGGAAGAUCUGAAGAUUAGGACGAAUGCCCGCAGAAUCAUUAGAUCUUAGAUCUACGGAGAGCAGAUUGACGGAACUCGCUACCAAGGACUUGCUGAUUGUCAGUCCGACGAAGAAUUUGAUAGUCAGCUGGCCUACUGGACAUCUAAGUGGGACGAGCUCGAGAGGGAGGACACAGGUAGAGAGCCCUGUUUCUCAACGUGGUUUCUCAAAUACAAGUCUGAAGAAGUAAAGCGCAAAAUGCUGUCCCCCCUGAGGGAACAAGCCGGAUUGGGCUCACCACCCAAGCAGUUCACGACUAACGACUGUGAAACGAUAAAUUCCAUGGUAUCGAAAUGGAUGAAAGAGAAAAAAACCUGGGAUCAGCUUACUCAGUGUCUCAAGGACUGGGUUGACUCCAAGUACAAAGAACUUGAAAUGGCAGUCCUGGGGAUAGGGGAGUAUCGUCUUAGCGUGUCGAAGAAGCAUCUCCAAACAACAGCUCAUGAGUGGCGCCACAUGGAAGGCCCAGACAGGGAACAACACAUGAUGAGGGUUGGUCUUAAUUCUCUGGAAGCACCAACGGUCAAGAAACUGUCGGUUAAACCAGAGGAGUCUGAGAUAGGAGGCUACACAUUAUCCCAACUACAGGAAGUGUGGAGAAAGGCGGAGAACAUCUUGUCCACAAAAGGCAACAUUGUUGACUUCCCUUCAAAGGCUGAUCAGACAAUGUGCUUUUGCAGUGAAGGGUACCACAAGGUCACCAAGAAGGAAACCUUCGUAUGUGACAGCAACUGCAGGUCUUAUGCUUUCCACCAGAAACUGUUAUGUGAGCACACAUUAGCUGUUGCAGAAGCAAAGGGAGUUCUGGCAGAUUUCAUCAUGAAGCUGAACACUAGACGGAGGGCAUCUAAUGUCAGCCUUGUGAAUCAAGCACUUAGCAGGCAAUGUGAAAAGAGCGCAAGUGGAAAGAAAAAGACUCUUGAGCAAAGAGGAGCAAACAAUAACAUUGGCACAACAAUAGAUAGGGUAGUAACAAUUCCUACAACAAACCAACCGUUUACAGUUGCCAGAAAGAUUGGCUUAAUUAAAAGAUGCUAUGGAUGUAAAACAAACUUCAAAGACAACAUGUGCAAUGUCCCACACGACAUAGUCCUAAAGAAACUGGACUAUCGAGAAUGGAUUGAUCCAGUCAGUGGCCAGCAACAAAGGUCAAGAACAUUAGUCCCGACCUACUACCAUCUCAAUAUGGAUUGCGUUCGGAGAAAUUUUCCGUUCACUGAAAUAAAUGACAUCUUAAUUCACAAUGAAGUUGCACACACGCUGGAUGACAAGCAUAAGGAAAAAUUGAAUAAGUUUGGAAUUUACUGGUAA